AUGAACUCCUACAGUAACCGCUCAAUUGGCUCUUACCCCCGCGCCGGAGCACAAACACCCCGGCAGGUGAACAUGGCACUGGCUGCUGCCCCCAUCAGGCCUGUCUCUGUUAACACAGACCUCCUAACUCCCGUGGAUCUCCAGCUGGACCCUCAAAUGCAGGGUGUGCGGAACCAGGAGAAAGAAGAGAUCAAAUCUCUCAACAAUCGCUUUGCCUCAUUCAUCGAUAAUGUCCGUAAAUUAGAGCAGGAGAACAAGAUUUUGGAGACUAAAUGGCAGCUGCUACAGAAUGAGGCCAAACCUGAGUCUAAACUGGAGCCCAUGCUGAAGUCCUACAUCGCUUCACUGCAGGCAAAGCUGGAGCGGGUGAAUAAAGACAGAGAACACCUGGACGCUGAGCUCAGGAAUGCCCAAACGCAGGCUGAGAAACAACGACAAAGGUAUGAGGAUGAGAUUAACAACAGAGAUAAAGCUGAAAAUGAGUUUGUUCUUCUGAAGAGGGAUGUGGAUACUGUAUUCGUAGUUGAACAUGCCUUGGCAGAUCAAGUAACUGAAGUCCUGGAUGACCUGAAAUUUUUCAAGAGCUUCCAUGAACAGGAGAUCCGUGAGCUGCAGGAUGACCUGAAGGACACGUCCGUUGUGGUGCAGAUGGACAACAGCAGGCAGCUGGACAUGGACAAGAUCAUCGAUAAUAUGAAGAGACAGUUUAAGGAGAUUUCGGCAUGCAGCCAAAAGGAUUCUGAGGCCUGGAUCAAGUUUGAUAUGAUCUCAUCACAGGCUCGCCAGUGUAACACUGAGAUAAAAGAUAGCAAAGGUGCAAUAGCUGAUUUAAAAAGGCAGAUAGCGAGACUGCAGAAGGAGAUAGCCUCGGCUAAAUUUCAGCGUGAGAGCGUGGAUGACCAGAUCAAAGAGGCGGAUCGUAGAGGUGAGGAGGCGGUGCAUGACGCGAAACAACAAAUCAGAGCACUGCAGGACGCAAUGCAGAAAGCCAAACAAGACAUGACCAGAAAUGUUCGAGACUACCAGGAGCUGAUGAAUGUCAAACUGGCUCUGGAUAUUGAGAUCGCCACCUACAGGAAACUACUGGAAGGAGAAGAGAACAGGCUUGGAUGACUGUGAACAUCCCAUAAACGCUAAUGAACAGCGAGCAUCUGACAGUCUACAUGUGACUUCCUGUCAUCUCAUCCCUUCUUGUCACUGCUGAAUGAAAUACUAGCAAGCAACUGACAAAAAUUUAGAUUUACGUUCAGUUUUUUUCUUUCACAUCCUGCUCAUACAUUAAAUAGGCUAGUUUGGGGUUUUUAUGUUGUCAAUGUUUUAUUACAAUUAAUUGGAGUCAUUGUUUUUCUUUUUGUUAUAUAGAGAUCAAAUUAUUACUAUAUCUACUAGAUAUUUUUAAUCUGAACUUUUACAAAUCAUUUUAAAAGUGAAAAAGUUGUAAAAUGUAAUUAAUAAUGUAGAAAUAAAUGUGUAAAUAAAAACUUUGGGAUUAUUUCACUUGUUUAAUGCUGUGUAAAUUCUGGAGUGUGGGUAAGUGUGUAUUAGACAGCUUUAAAUCACAGAAGUGUAUGUGAUUCAAUGUCAUCUGAAGAAUCUGAAGCAUCUUGUCUUCAUCUG